AUGGCCCCCGAAACCGACAACCUCGUCCGGCACCGAGCCAAAGACGAACCCAACAUCGAUCACAACAACAAUAGCAGCAGCAACAACAAAGGAAGAAGACAGAGAAGAUCAGCAAUGGCGAGACGUGGCAUUCGAUCAUUGGCCAUAGCCAUAACAUUCCCAGUCUCUCUCCACGUCGCUGUCAUUAUUUUGCUUUCGGGUCGCCACCGGGUCGCACUCAAACCCGUUUGGUUCCCAUCUCCAUGGAUCCUCCACACUAUCUUCGUGGGCUCGGCUGCCAUUAUGGGCCUCUGCGCUUGGUUUGUUUGGGCCGAAGGUGGGUUUCAUCGCAAGCCCCAGGCCCUGGCCUUUUUGAUGAGCUAUCUCGCUCUUAGCGUGGCUUGGGACCCGAUUGUGUUCGGGGUGGGUGCUGUGUGGGUCGGGUUGAUGGUGAGUGUUGGGAUGUUUGGGGCUUUGUUUGGGUGUUCUCGGAUCUUCAAGGAUAUGAAUCCGAUUGCUGCUGAUCUGGUUAAGCUUUGUUUAAUAUGGGUUGGGUUUGUGAUAAGUUUAAAUCUUAAGCUUUUGUAUUGGUGA